AUGUCAAGCACAGAUUUUAUAAAUUUACAUAAAUCUUUACCUUCUCAUUUUAGAGGAUUAAAUUCGGUUGAAAUAGCUGAACCAAGUAAAGUUAAAGAUUUCGUUCAAGAAAAUCAAGGUCAUACUGUUAUUUCUAAAGUAUUAAUUGCUAAUAAUGGUAUUGCAGCAGUUAAAGAAAUCAGAUCAGUAAGAAAAUGGUCUUAUGAAACUUUCGGUGAUGAAAGAGCUAUUCAAUUUACUGUAAUGGCAACUCCUGAAGAUUUGGAAGCUAAUGCUGAAUAUAUAAGAAUGGCUGAUCAAUACGUUGAAGUACCUGGUGGUACCAAUAAUAAUAAUUAUGCUAAUGUCGAAUUAAUUGUCGAAAUAGCUGAAAGAACAAAUGUUGAUGCAGUUUGGGCUGGUUGGGGUCAUGCUUCAGAAAACCCUGAUUUACCUGAAAUGUUAGCAGCUUCACCUAAAAGAAUUGUAUUUAUUGGACCUCCUGGUAAUGCUAUGAGAUCCUUAGGUGAUAAAAUUAGUAGUACUAUUGUUGCUCAACAUGCUAAAGUUCCUUGUAUUCCUUGGUCAGGUACUGGAGUUGAUGAUGUUUUAAUUGACCCUGAAACUAACUUAGUUUCAGUUUCUGAUGAUAUUUAUGCUAAAGGAUGUUGUAAAAAUGCUGAAGAUGGUUUAGUUAAAGCUAAAGAAAUCGGUUUCCCAGUUAUGAUUAAAGCUUCUGAAGGUGGUGGUGGUAAAGGUAUCAGAAAAGUUGAUGAUGAAAAAGAUUUCAUUUCUUUAUAUAAACAAGCUGCCAAUGAAAUUCCUGGAUCUCCUAUAUUUAUAAUGAAAUUAGCUGGUUCAGCUAGACAUUUGGAAGUUCAAUUAUUAGCUGAUCAAUAUGGUACUAAUAUUUCAUUAUUCGGUAGAGAUUGUUCAGUUCAAAGAAGACAUCAAAAAAUUAUUGAAGAAGCUCCUGUUACUAUCGCCAGAGAUGAUACCUUCCAUGAAAUGGAAAAUGCUGCUGUCAGAUUAGGUAAAUUAGUGGGUUAUGUUAGUGCUGGUACUGUUGAAUAUUUAUAUAGUCAUCUGGAUGAUAAAUUUUAUUUCUUAGAAUUAAAUCCAAGAUUACAAGUUGAACAUCCAACUACUGAAAUGGUUACUGGUGUUAAUUUACCUGCAGCUCAAUUACAAAUUGCUAUGGGUAUUCCAAUGCAUAGAAUCAGAGAUAUCAGAACUUUAUAUGGAGCUGAUCCUCAUUCUGGUACUGAAAUUGAUUUUGAAUUCAAAAAUCAAAACAGUUUAACUACUCAACGUAGACCAAAACCAAAAGGUCAUACUACAGCUUGUAGAAUUACUUCAGAAGAUCCAGGUGAAGGUUUCAAACCAAGUGGUGGUAAUUUACAUGAAUUAAAUUUCAGAUCUUCUUCAAAUGUUUGGGGUUAUUUCUCUGUUGGUAAUCAAUCAUCCAUUCAUUCAUUUUCUGAUUCCCAAUUUGGUCAUAUUUUCGCUUUUGGUGAAAAUAGACAAGCUUCAAGAAAACAUAUGGUAGUUGCUUUAAAAGAAUUAAGUAUCAGAGGUGAUUUCAGAACCACCGUUGAAUAUUUAAUCAAAUUAUUGGAAACUCCAGAUUUCGAAGAAAAUACUAUUACUACUGGUUGGUUAGAUGAAUUAAUCACCAAAAAAUUAACUGCCGAAAGACCAGAUCCAAUUGUUGCAGUUGUUUGUGGUGCCGUUACUAAAGCUCAUAUUCAAAGUGAAGAAGAAAAAUCAGAAUAUAUUCAAUCUUUAGAGAAAGGUCAAGUUCCAAAUAAGAACUUAUUGAAAACCAUUUUCCCAGUAGAUUUUAUCUAUGAAGGUUAUAGAUAUAAAUUUACUGCUACUAAAAGUUCCAAUGAAGCUUAUACUAUAUUUUUGAAUGGUAGUAGAAUAACAGCAGGUGUUAGAUCUUUAAGUGAUGGAGGUUUAUUAAUUGCUAUUGGAGGUAAAUCUCAUUCCGUUUAUUGGAAAGAAGAAGCUAGUGCUACCAGAUUAUCAGUUGAUGGUAAAACUUGUUUAUUAGAGAUUGAAAAUGAUCCAACUCAAUUAAGAACUCCAUCUCCAGGUAAAUUAGUUAAAUAUUUAGUUGAUUCUGGUGAUCAUGUUGUUAGUGGUCAAGCUUAUGCUGAAGUUGAAGUCAUGAAAAUGUGUAUGCCAUUAAUUGCUCAAGAAAAUGGGGUUGUCCAAUUAAUCAAACAACCUGGUUCAACUGUUAAUGCUGGUGAUAUUUUAGCUAUUUUAUCUUUAGAUGAUCCUUCUAAAGUUAAACAUGCUUUACCUUUUGAAGGUACUUUACCUGAAUUAGGUGCACCUGUUGUUCAAGGUACUAAACCGGUUCAUAAAUUCCAAAACUAUUCAAAUAUUUUAAAGAAUAUCUUGAAUGGUUUUGAUAAUCAAGUUAUCAUGAACAGUACUUUGAAGAAUAUCAUUGAAGUGUUAAAAGAUAAAGAAUUACCUUAUUCUGAAUGGAAUUUACAAAUUUCUGCUUUACAUUCAAGAUUACCACCUAAAUUGGAUGAAUCAUUAUCACAAUUGAUUGAAAGAACCCAAUCAAGAAAUGGAGAUUUCCCAAGUAGACAAAUCUUGAAAUUAUUCAACAAGUUCAUUAAUGAUCCUGAAUUUAAAGAUUCUAAUUUAACUGACACUUUAACUCCAUUAUUAGAAAUUGCUAAUAGAUAUGCUAAUGGAUUAGUUGAACAUGAAUAUAAUUUCUUCUCAUCAUUGAUUAAUGCUUAUUAUGAAGUUGAAAAAUUAUUCAGUGGAUCCAAUAUCAGAGAAGAUGAAAUCAUCUUAAAAUUAAGAGAUGAACAUAAAUCUGAAUUAGGUAAUGUUAUCAACAUCAUCUUAUCUCAUUCCAGAGUUAGUGCUAAAAACAAUUUAAUCUUAGCUAUUUUGAACGAAUAUCAACCAUUAUUACAACAAUCUUCAAAUAUUGCUAAUGAAAUCAGAGAAUCUUUGAAAAACAUUGUUGAAUUAGAUACUAAAGGUACUACCAAAGUAACUUUGAAAGCAAGAGAAAUCUUAAUUCAAUGUUCAUUACCUUCAAUUCAAGAAAGAUCUGAUCAAUUAGAACAUAUUUUAAGAUCUUCAGUAUUACAAACUUCAUAUGGUGAAAUUUAUGCUAAACAUAGAGAACCAAAAUUAGAUAUCAUUCAAGAAGUUGUUGAUUCUAAACAUAAUGUUUUCGAUGUUUUACCCCAAUUUUUGAUUAAUUCUGAUGAAUGGGUUGCUAUGGCAGCUGCUGAAGUUUAUGUUAGAAGAGCUUAUAGAGCUUAUUCUUUAGGUCAAAUUUUCUAUCAUUUCAGUGAAAAAUUCCCAAUCAUUCAUUGGAAUUUCAAAUUACCUCAUACUGCUUCAUCUCAUUUUAAUGCUAUUCAACACGCUAAAAAUAGUGAUAAAGAUGAUUCAAUGAAUAGAACCGCUUCUAUUUCAGAUUUAUCUUAUGUUGUUGAUCAAAAACAUCAAGAUCAAACCAGACAUGGUAUUUUAGUUCCAUGCGCUCAUUUAGAUGAUGCUGAAGAUAUGAUUACUGCUGGUUUAGAUAUCUUACAAAGUCCAGGAGUUUCAAUCAAUAUUGGUGAUGCUUUGAAAGAUAAAAACAGUUAUUCAAAUGUUUUCAAUGUUGUUGUUAAUAAUGUCGAUGGUUAUGAAAAUGAUGAUGAAAUUGUUGCCAAAGUAAAUGAUAUUUUACAAGAAUUAAAAGAUGAUUUACUUGGUUGUUCUAUUCGUCGUAUUACCUUUGUAUUUGCUCAUCAAAUCGGCUCUUAUCCUAAAUAUUAUACUUUCACUGCCCCAGAAUAUGUUGAAAAUAAAGUUAUUCGUCAUAUUGAACCAGCUUUAGCUUUCCAAUUGGAAUUAGGAAGAUUAGAUAAUUUCGAUAUCAAACCUAUUUUCACCGAUAAUAGAAACAUUCAUGUUUAUGAAGCUAUUGGUAAGAAUGCUCCUUCUGAUAAGAGAUUCUUCACUAGAGGUAUUGUUAGAACUGGCGUUAUUAGAGAUGAUAUUUCAAUCACUGAAUAUUUGAUUUCUGAAUCUAAUAGAUUGAUGUCAGACAUUUUAGAUGCUUUGGAAAUUAUUGAUACUUCAAAUUCUGAUUUAAAUCAUAUUUUCAUUAACUUUUCAACUUCUUUCAACAUUCUCCCAGAAGAAGUUGAAGCUGCUUUCGGUUCUUUCUUAGAAAGAUUCGGUAGAAGAUUAUGGAGAUUAAGAGUUACUGGUGCUGAAAUCAGAAUCUCUUGUACUGAUCCAACUACUGGUCAAUCAUUCCCAUUAAGAGCUAUCAUUAAUAAUGUCUCAGGUUAUGUUGUUAAAUCUGAAUUAUACAUGGAAGUUAAGAAUGCUAAAGAUGAAUGGGUUUUCAAAUCAAUUGGCCAACCUGGUUCAAUGCAUUUAAGACCUAUUUCAACUCCUUAUCCUGUUAAAGAAUCUUUACAACCAAAACGUUAUAAAGCUCAUAAUAUGGGUACUACUUACGUUUAUGAUUUCCCGGAAUUAUUCCGUCAAGCUACUAUUGCUCAAUGGAAGAAUUCUUCUUCUAAAGUUCCAAAGGAUGUUUUCACUAGUUUGGAAUUGAUUGAAGAUGAUAAUGGGGAAUUAACUGCUGUUGAUAGAGAUCCAGGUUCCAAUAAAAUUGGUAUGGUUGGGUUCAAAGUUAUUGCUAAGACUCCAGAAUAUCCUCGUGGUAGACAAUUCAUUAUCAUUGCUAACGAUAUCACUCAUAAGAUUGGUUCUUUCGGUCCUGAAGAAGAUGAUUUCUUCCAUAAAUGUACUGAAUUAGCUAGAAAAUUAGGAAUUCCAAGAAUCUACUUAUCAGCUAAUUCUGGUGCUAGAAUCGGGGUUGCUGAAGAAUUAUUACCAUUAUUCAAGGUUUGCUGGAAUGAUGAAUCCGAUCCUGAAAAAGGUUUCCAAUACUUAUAUUUAACUGAAGAAGAUAAAAAUUCUUUAACUGAAUCAGGUAAAGGUGAAUCCGUCGUCAGUGAAAAAUCAGUCAUCAAUGGUGAAAUCAGACAUGUUAUCAAAUCUAUUGUUGGUAUGGAAGAUGGUUUAGGUGUUGAAUGUUUAAGAGGUUCAGGUUUAAUUGCUGGUGCCACUUCAAGAGCUUAUAAAGAUAUCUUCACUAUUACUUUAGUUACUUGUAGAUCAGUUGGUAUUGGUGCUUAUUUAGUUAGAUUAGGUCAAAGAGCUAUUCAAAUUGAAGGUCAACCAAUUAUUUUAACUGGUGCUCCAGCUAUUAAUAAAUUAUUAGGUAGAGAAGUUUAUUCUUCCAAUUUACAAUUGGGUGGUACUCAAAUUAUGUACAAUAAUGGGGUUUCACAUUUAACUGCUUCAGAUGAUUAUGCUGGGGUUUUAAAGAUUAUGGAUUGGAUGAGUUAUAUUCCUGCUAAACGUGGAUUACCAGUUCCAAUCUUGGAAAAUGAAGAUAAAUGGGAUAGAGAUAUUGAUUACUAUCCUCCAAAAUCUGAACCUUACGAUGUCAGAUGGAUGAUUCAAGGUAAAGAAUUGGAAAAUGGUGAUUUCGAAUCUGGUUUAUUCGAUAAAGAUUCUUUCCAAGAAACUUUAUCUGGAUGGGCUAAAGGGGUUGUUGUUGGUAGAGCUCGUCUUGGUGGUAUCCCAAUCGGGGUUAUUGGUGUUGAAACCAGAACUGUUGAUAAUUUAUUACCUGCUGAUCCUGCUAACCCUGAUUCAACCGAAUUCAAAAUUCAAGAAGCUGGUCAAGUUUGGUAUCCAAAUUCUGCUUUUAAGACUGCUCAAGCUAUUAAUGAUUUCAAUAAUGGUGAAAACUUACCAUUAAUGAUUUUAGCUAACUGGAGAGGUUUCUCUGGUGGUCAAAGAGAUAUGUAUAAUGAAGUUUUGAAAUAUGGUUCUUUCAUUGUUGAUGCUUUAGUUGAUUUCAAACAACCUAUCUUCACUUAUAUCCCACCAACUGGUGAAUUAAGAGGUGGUUCUUGGGUUGUUGUUGAUCCAACUAUUAAUGAAGAUAUGAUGGAAAUGUAUGCUGAUGUUGAUUCUAGAGCUGGGGUUUUAGAACCUGAAGGUAUGGUUGGUAUCAAAUAUAGACGUGAUAAAUUAUUAGCUACCAUGGAAAGAUUAGAUCCUAAAUAUGCUCAAAUCAAAUCUAAAUUGAAGGAUUCUUCAAUUUCAGCCGAUGAACAUACUAAACUCACUACUGAAUUAGUCAGACGUGAAAAAUUGUUGUUACCAAUUUAUCAACAAAUCUCCGUUCAAUUCGCUGAUUUACAUGAUAGAUCCGGUAGAAUGUUGGCUAAAGGUGUAAUUAGAAAAGAAUUACAAUGGAGAGAUGCUAGAAGAUUCUUCUUCUGGAGAUUGAGACGUAGAUUGAAUGAAGAAUACGUUUUAAGAUUAAUCAAAGAACAAUUACCUGAAUCAACUAAAUUAGAAAGAGUUUCAAGAAUUAAAUCUUGGAUGCCAACUACUGAUUAUGAUAAAGAUGAAGAAGUUAGUUCUUGGAUUGAAAAUAAUCACGAUAAAUUACAACAAAAGAUUGAAGAAUUGAAAUCUGAAAAUUCUUUCAACACUUUUAGAAAAUUAAUGAAGGAUGAUCCUUCAAAUGCUUUAACUUUUAUCCAAGAUUUCGUUGGAUCUCUUCCUGAUGAAGAAAAGGCUAAAGUUUUAAAGUCACUUAAAUAA